GGUCAAAACCCGUUCAGAUGGUCCAAACGGAUAUUCCACUUUCCUUGGUUGUGCUGCUUAUCUCUAUAUGUUUCAGGAAACCUGCCGUGGACAUGCCCUGAUUCUUUCACUAUUAUUCCUAUUCCAAUAUAUGAAUUACCAACCAUUCUAGAAUCUAGAAUAGAAAGAGAGGUUGGCUGCAUUCCAUUCGCUAGUAGCAUGAGACCAUUUGUUCCGGAGGCGCCUAUUUCUGAACUAGAGACCUCCACCAUCUUGAACCUGACCCCUCACGUUAUUCAAACACCAGGGAUGCGUCCUCUAGCCAUUCUUUCCAAUUCAAGAUUCCCUAACUGGAAUAUGAUGAUUAAACAGUCAUCCUUCCACGGGCAGUGGCAAGAGGUACUUUCUCAAUAUUAUGAAAUGAGGACGGCAGGGUUUCAACUAUUAGACCAUUCUGUGUUACCUGCCAUUCUCAAAGCCUGUGCAAAACUUCAAUCCUUGAAGCAAGGCAAGUCAGUGCAUGCAUAUAUGAUCAAACAGGGUUUAAAAUCAUCCACUUCUAUUGCCAAUUCCACCAUGGACUUUUACGUGAAAUGUGGAGCCAUGGAUUCUGCUCUAGGGAUUUUUUAUUGCGCAAGGAACAGGGAUUCAGUUUCUUGGAAUAUAAUAAUCCAUGGAUACCUAGAGCAAGGUGCAUUUGAGGAAGGGUUAUGUUUGUUUAGACAAGCUAGGGUAGCAGCCUUUGUGCCCAUUAUCUCCACUAUUCUGCUUAUACUUCAAGCUUGCCGAAGUCUCAGCAUCCAAGCAGGCUUAACCAUUCACGCUUUCAUAAUCCGGAGUGCUUUCUCUACUGUUGCUUCGGUUCAGAAUUCCCUGUUGAACAUGUAUGUGGAUUUCGCAAAUAUGGAUUACGCACAACAACUGUUCGAUGAAAUGCCUGAGAAAGAUGUAAUCUCUUGGAGUGUGAUCAUUGGGGGUUAUGCAAAAUGUGGAGGAACUGGCGUUGCAAUACGGUUGUUCCGAGACAUGAUAUCUGGGUUCGAGGUCAAACCAGAUGGGCUUAUCAUGGUAAACUUUCUUAAAGCCUGUGCCAAUGCUGGGGACAUUGUUCUGGGAAGAGUAGCUCAUGGUCACGUGAUCAAUAGAGGUUUAAACAUUGAUUCCUUUGUAGCAAAUUCUCUGGUUGACAUGUACUCCAAGUGUGAAGACAUCGACUCUGCUUUUAAAGUCUUCCAUGAGAUCCCCAAUAGGAACAUCGUUUCUUGGAAUUCCAUGUUGUCGGGAUUUGUUCAUAAUAUGCAGCACUUAGAAGCCUUAGUUCUGUUUGAUUCAAUGGGGGAAGCUGGAAUUGAGGCUGAUGAGGUGACUCUGGUAAAUCUUCUUCAAGUGUGUAAAAACCUUACUUGCACAGUUAAGUGCAAGUCCAUCCAUUCGACGAUAAUCCGGAGAGGGUAUGAAGUGAAUGAGUUGGUGUUGAAUUCUUUAAUUGAUGCUUAUGCCAAGUGCGGUAUGGUUGAGCUUGCCUGGAAGUUAUUUGGACGAAUGAAGAGAAGGGAUAUGGUCUCAUGGAGCACAAUGAUUGCAGGGUUCGCACAUUGCGGCAUGCCCGACGAAGCAAUAGCGACCUUCCAAGAGAUGAAUCGGGCACAGGAGAGGCCAAAUGCGGUUACACUGCUGUCUCUCUUGGAGGCUUGCUCGGUUGCAGCUGAACUAAGAAGGUCAAAGUGGGCCCAUGGGUUUGCAAUUAGGAGAGAAUUGGCAACAGAAGUGGCCGUCGGAACCGCCAUACUAGAUAUGUAUGCAAAGUGUGGGGCAAUGGAUGCCUCACGAAGAGUGUUUGACCGAAUGCCGAAGAGAAAUAUUCUAACGUGGAGUGCGAUGAUUGCGGCAUAUGGUAUGAAUGGCCGUGCGCAUGAUGCACUUGCUUUGCUUGCCGAGAUGGAAGUGCAUGGACUUAAACCAAAUGCAAUCACCAUCCUUUCAGCGUUGACAGCAUGUAGCCAUGGAGGAUUAGUUGAGGAGGGGCUCUCUUGUUUCAGAAGGAUGGUUGCAGAUCAUGGUUUGGAGCCUGGUUUGGAGCAUUACUCGUGCAUCGUGGACAUGUUGGGCCGGGCAGGGAAGCUUGACUGUGCAGCUGAUUUGAUCAAGAGAAUGCCGGAAGGGGGGGUCAAGGCCGGAGCAAGUGCUUGGGGUGCACUCUUGAGUGCAUGUAGGAAUCAUGGGAACAGCGAACUUGGUGAAGGAGCUGCAUCUCGUGUCCUUGAAUUGGAGCCUUCAAAUUCCGCUGGAUAUCUGCUGGCCUCAAGCAUGUAUGCUGCGGGCGGGAUCUGGGAUGAGGUAGCGAGAAUGAGGUGUCUGAUGAAGGAAAGGGGUCUAAAGGUGGUCGCUGGUUACAGCUUGGUGCAUGUAGAAGACAGAACAUGCAGAUUUGUUGCAAGAGACGUGUCCCACCCACAGGCUGAGGAGAUACAUGCCACGGUUCUACAGUUGCAUAAGUGCAUGAAAAUGGAUGAAAGAAAGCACUGAGGAAAUGAGCAGGAAGCUAUACCCCACUACCUGCGAUUAGGGUUCACAUAUGAGCAGGGGAUUGAAGCCCACCUGGACCCUGGUGUCAAUUAGACCGGAUUUGGUCCAAUUCAAUCCGGUCUAAUAUGAGUCCUUUACAAAUGGACCAGGUCCAAUCCAGUC